AUGGCUGACAAGGAGAAACUAAUAUUGGCGGAUUCUGUCGAAGAUCCUAGCAAAGCAGUCAGAAGCAAAAUCGAGUCAAACAAGUCAAAGCUACCAUGGUAUUUUGCAAGUGGCUUCCUGCUGUUCUGGGGACUGCUCUUUUUCGCUGUGGUAAUACCUCGCUUCUAUAAGCUGCCCACAGCUUUAACAAUGGAGGACGCAAGUAGGAAUGUAUUCAUAGCAGAACGUGCCUACAAAAAUCUGUACACACUGUCCAAUAUUGGCACCAAGUUGGCAGGCAGUUGGGAAAACGAGGUUGAAGCAGUCAGCUUUAUUGUAAAAGAUCUGGAACAAAUCAAAGCAGAUCUCCUGGAGGACUAUUUCGAUAUGGAAAUCGAUGUGUCACAGGUAUCGGGAGCAUUUCCAUAUAAAACUGUAUUGAACAUGUACCAAGGCGUUCAAAAUAUUGCUGUCAAAUUAUCGCCGAAAGGAAGUACCAGUGAGACGUAUCUCCUUGUCAACAGCCACUUCGACUCGAAGCCAUUUACUCCGUCAGCAGGUGAUGCGGGCUUUAUGGUUGUCACGAUGUUGGAAGUCUUGCGUGUGCUCGCUACAACGAAGCAGACCUUUGAACAUCCGAUUGUCUUCUUGUUUAAUGGAGCCGAAGAAGGUUCUAUGCAAGCAUCGCAUGGCUUUAUCACUCAACACAAAUGGGCGCCGUACUGCAAAGCUGUCGUCAACCUUGAUGCUGGUGGGAGCGGAGGACGGGAGAUUCUCUUUCAGAGUGGUCCCAACCACGCAUGGAUUGUGAAUUAUUACAAAAACUAUGUGAAAUAUCCUUUUGCAACGACCAUGGCUGAGGAAGUUUUCCAAUUAGGCAUUGUCCCGUCAGACACAGACUUCCGACAGUUUAACCUAUAUGGCAAUAUUCCUGGAUUGGACUUGGGGCAGUGUAUUAAUGGAUAUUUAUAUCAUACAAAGUACGAUACGAUCGAUGCGAUUCCUCGGGAAUCCUUGCAGAACACAGGCGAUAACGUCCUCAGUGUGGUGCGAGGCUUGGCAAAUGCAACAGAAUUGGCUGAUAUAAGAGCUCAUAGGACCGGACAUGCUGUCUUCUUCGACUUCCUUGGAUUCUACUUCAUCCAUUACUCAGAGACAACGGGAGCAUAUUUGAACUUGAGCGUUGCUGGAGUUGCCUUAAUUCUUAUUUUCAUUUCAAUGUGGCGCAUCACAGCUGUGUCCAACGUUUCCAUAUUCCAUUUGACUUGCUGGUUCAUAUUGGUCUUCACCGUUCAGCUUAUUUCCGUAGUUCUCGGACUUGUCCUUCCAGCUGUGGUGGCAUCUGUGUUUGACUCUAUGGGAUUGUCGCUGACCUACUAUAGCAGCCCAAUGCUGAUUAUUGGCCUUUAUGUGUGCCCCUCACUAAUUGGCCUCAGUCUGCCCACGACAAUUUAUCAUAUAUUACAACGAAACGAUAAAAUAUCAAAUGCGUUCCACCUUCAACUGUCCCUACAUGCACAAGCCACUAUCCUAGCUGUAUUAACCAUCGGUCUCACACUGUUUGGCCUGCGUUCAACAUAUAUUUUCAUGAUUCCACUCAUUUUCUACGCCGUGUCCUUGGCCUUUAACUUGUUGACAACUCUGCACGACCGCGGCUAUGCCUGGACGGGCGUCCUUAAAGUUAGCCAGAUAAUUCCUUUCCUGUACAGCAGCUACAUCGUUUAUACAUUCAUUGUCAUCCUGACACCUAUGGGAGCACGUUCAGGUAGUGCCAGUAAUCGGGACUUGUAUAUUGCUCUAUUGGCAGCAUUAGGAACGGUUCUAUCAUUCGGUUUUUUGGUUCCGCUCAUUAAUAGUUUCCGACGACCCAGCCUUGUGGUGCUCUCUCUGUUGGCAAUCACAGCUGUCACCAUAUACUUGGCCAGUAGCACUCAGCUUGGAUUCCCGUAUCGCCCGAAGACAAGCGGCCAGCGAGUGGCUUAUCUGCAAGUGCGAAACAAGUUCUACGAGUACGAUGGAACUCUGAGCAAGGACGAGUCUGGAUACUUCUUUAAUUUCCAGGAUCGACGUAACGAAAAGCCGCUUUUGGGCACAAAGGUCAAUCUGACUGGACUGGUUAGCAUUAAACCGAACUGCGAUGAGCACAUGAUGUGUGGCAUGCCUCUGUAUGACUAUCGCUUUGUUCAGAACCGACUACAGAGCAAAUGGCUGCCUCGAGCUAAUCCCAUCGAACUAUCUGAAUCAAAUACAGAAUUGGAAUUGGUAUCAAAAACCGAAGUAAAUGCUACAACUGUGCGCUUUGUGUUCAAAGUUUCAGGUCCUUCCCAUAUGAGUUUGUUUAUCCAGCCUUAUGAAGACGUGAAGAUUGUCAACUGGUCACUUUCACUUGAUUAUCUUAAGAAUCCCCCAGCGCAUCCGCUCUCGUUUCAUAUAUAUUUUACGCAUGGCAUUGAUAGCUCUCCGUGGACCUUUUGCAUGGAAAUAUCGAAACUUGAUGGGGAUUUUAAUGUACCUUUGUUUCAACUGGGCGUCUCUGCCCAUUACAUUGGAGAUAAAGGAGAUGCUGAGAGUGAGAAGUUCGCCUCAUCAUUCCCUUCCUACUCUAUUCUAGCCACUUGGCCUGUACUCUACCAGCGAUUUAUUUUUUAA